AUCAUUCAAACCCAAUGUCUUCAAUUAUUUUCAGACAACUAACCUUACAGGGCUCAAUGUAGCUAAGAACCCGCAUUACACUCUUGGAGUAUUGUAUGGAAAAAUUUUACGAACUAUCCGUAAAAUGCCAGAAGAUGCUUCAUACCGGAAAUAUACUGAAGAAAUUGUUAGCACAAGAGCCAAAAUUGUUCAGGAAAGUGAAACAGUAGAAGAUUUUGAGAAAAAAAUUAACUGUGGACAAGCUGAAGAACUAAUUAUUCAAGCCGAAAAUGAAUUGAUUUUGACAAGAAAAAUGCUGGCAUUCAAACCUUGGGAAUCAAUAAUUGCGAGACCAAAUGCAGACCAAUGGUCCUGGCCACCAGGAAAGUAAUCCAAUCGCUUAAAUGUUGUAAAAUAGUUAGUUUCCAAUUUAUUAGAUAAUAAAUAUGUAUUCUACAAAA